AUGCCUGAUAGAAACAUGCUACCAACAUUAGGGUUUCACUUCCAUGAGUUUAAGCCACCUUUUGGUUCUUCCAUUGAUGGGCUUGGAAAUAGAUAUGGAGGUCUUCAUGGGGUUCAAGAAAAUGACACAAGACGGAUGUUUCCUCUAGGAGCAUUGAAACAACUUUCAAGCACAG